AUGGACACAUUUCACUUGUUUCCGCUUUUUCCCUUUGAGCUUCGCGCUCUCAUCUGGCGGUCCACCGUCCAGCCCCGUACCGUCGAGGUCCGUGUGGAUGAUCGCGGCUCAGGUCUGGAACGCCGCCUGCACCUCGUCUCGCCAACACCAGUGCCGGCAACAAUCCAGGCCUGCCGCGAAGCCCGGAAUCUCGGACUUUACGAGCGGGCCUUUUCCGAAAUUGAUGCCGACGGCCGCUAUGUCUGGGUCAACUGGGACAUAGACAUCAUCUCCAUCGGGACAAGCUAUUUUUACCACUUCCACCCGUGUGCGCUGCUCAUCAAGCGCCUGCAGUUUGAGCGCGAUAACACGGAAGAUUCCUUUUACCACUGGGAAAUCAACGAUUUGGAUGUUUUUUGUCAAUGUCAAGGAAAUAUAUAUCUUCUGUGUCGAGGAUAG